AGUAUGACGCGCGGAUUAUUUCUGCGAAAUUUGUGCCGCAUAUAUACGAAUGUAAACUCCGUCAUCGAUCACAAAACAUAAUAUCCUCAAAACAAUAUUGAGCAAUUGUCCUGCCAAAUAUAUUUUACAUUAUGCCAUAACUAUUGUGGCUGUGAUGACGUGAUAUUCGUGCACCGUGUGUAGUUCGAACACGUCUGUACCAGAUGGAAGCGAGGCGAGCAGGAAGUAGCACAACUGAUAAUGUACACCUGGAGUUUGAUACAUUUUUAAGAUGAAUGAGGGUUUCGUCCUCGGCUCACAGGUUGUCAAGGGAAUGAUGGGCAGACAGAGGCAUGGGAAGAGGGUGCUGCCGAGCGACCCCGUCCCACACAGAAAGGAGGAGAAAAAUGCUGCUCCCCAUCGGAAGGAGAAAAAGAAGAAGCUCGACAUCGGAAAGCUCUUCAUCAAUAUAUCCAUAGGCCUCUGCAUCUUCAGUCUCACCUGGUUCUUCUACGCCCUCUAUAUGCGAAACUCUCUGGCCAAGAGGGUGGUCACGCUUCACCACUCACCCCGGGUUCUGGACGACAACAGCACUAGUCCUGCCGUGUCCCCUGAACGGUUCUGGGGAACCUAUCGCCCCCAGGUUUAUUUCGGGAUGAAAACGAGGAGCCCUAGAUCUGUCGUGACAGGGCUCAUGUGGUUGCGGCAGUUCUCCGAGAUGGACGUGAACCUCAGGCACACCUGCGAACAGGGCGACCGGCUGCAGAGCUACGGCUGGCUCAUGCACGAUGGCCUGGGCUUCGGCGUGCAGGAGAUCCGCGACAGUGACUUCACCCUCACCACCGAGUUCGUCAAGAGGGCGGGCGGUGAGCAUGGGGGAGACUGGACCUGGAGGGUCACCGCCAAACAGCACAGCUCGGCCCCACAGCCGCCUGUCAUCUCGCUGAUGUUCUACGUUGCCACGGACACCCAGGGGUCCCUGCUGGCCCAUGCUGAGGAGAAGAACCGGCUGGGCUCAAUAACGGGCUACUCCGAGGAGCUUGGGAACUUCAAGAUCACCUUUCGGAAGCCAUCCUCUGGGGAAGCUGCUGGUGCCAAGUAUGCCAGCUACAAUUACUUGAAGACCGUGACCCAAGGCCUGGAGAAGCUGACGGACAUUGUGCGGAACAGCUUGAACCGGAGGUUUGUAUUCAGCCUGCCUUCUGGCGAGAAGAGGCCCUACAUCGCCGUGGAAACCUACAAGCCCCCGCACCAGCACCAGCAGAAGCACCCUGACACCCGGAAGGAGAGCGACUUCGUGGUGCACCAGGUAACCGUCCAGACCCCAUUCCAGAUGGAGGUCCUCUUUGAGUCCGGAAGCUUCCGGGACAGGCCCGACCAGCUGGCGGGCACUGCCAUGACGGAGGAGCUGGAGAAGAGGAAGGCUGCCUUUGAUCUGAAGUUCGAGAGGACCUUCGGCCUCCAGGAGAGGGCCUUCUCCCUAAGCCAGGUGAGGUUCAGCAAGGCAGCCCUCAGCAACAUGCUGGGUGGGAUGGGCUACUUCCACGGCCAGUCGGUGGUGCAGUCGGCCUACAACGAGUACCCGCUGCUCUACCCCGAGGGAGCCCUGUUCACCGCCGUCCCGUCCCGCUCCUUCUUCCCCCGGGGCUUCCUGUGGGACGAGGGCUUCCACCAGCUGCUCCUCUCCAAGUGGGACCCCCAGGUGACGCGGGAGGCCACGGGUCACUGGCUGGACCUCAUCAACGUGGAGGGCUGGAUCCCGCGGGAGCAGAUCCUGGGCGACGAGGCGCGGAGCAAGGUGCCCGGUGAGUUUGUGGUGCAGAGGAACGAGAACGCCAACCCGCCAACGCUCUUCCUGGCCCUGCAGGAGCUGGUGGCUCAGCUGGAGGCCAGACCCCAGGCCUCGGCCCCCACCAAGCCCUUCCUCCGGAGGCUGUUCCCGCGCCUCCAGACCUGGUUCGAGUGGUACAACACCACCCAGGCGGGGCCCCUGCCCAACUCUUACCGCUGGCGGGGCCGUGACAAGGACACAAACCUCUUCCUCAACCCCAAGACGCUGACGUCCGGCCUGGACGACUACCCCCGGGCCUCGCACCCCUCGGCGGAGGAGAGGCAUGUGGACCUGCACUGCUGGAUGACGCUGGCGUCGGGGAUCAUGGCGCGGGUGGCGAGGCUCCUGGGCGAGCCGCACGAGGAGUACGAGCGGACCCACCAGACGCUGAGCGACAACAGCCUCCUGGAUGAGCUGCACUGGUCCGACCACUUGCGGGCCUUCGCCGACUUCGGGAACCACACCCAGGCGGUGUCCCUGCAGCAGGAGAAGGUGUACGUGCCCCCCGGCCAGCCCCGGCACCAGUUCCCCGUGGCGCGCCUGGUGCGCGCUGUCCGAAGGGCGCCCAGGCCGCAGUACGUAAACGCGCUGGGCUACGUCAGCCUCUUCCCCUUCCUGCUGCACGUGCUGACCCCCGACUCGCCCCGCCUCGAGCACGUCCUCCGUGACCUGAGGGACCCCGACAAGCUGUGGACCACCUACGGCCUGCGCUCCCUGUCCAAGGCUGACCCCAUGUACAUGAAGCGCAACACGGAGCACGACGCCCCCUACUGGCGGGGGCCCAUAUGGAUCAACAUCAACUACCUGGCGGUCAGGGCCCUUCAUCACUACGGCAACGCCGAGGGGCCGUACCGGGAGACCGCGGCAGCCCUGUACCAGGAGCUCAGGACUAACGUAGUGAGCAAUGUUUACAGACAGUACAUGGAGACGGGUUAUAUCUGGGAACAGUACAAUGACAGUACAGGCAGGGGGCAGGGGAGCCACCCCUUCACCGGCUGGUCCGCUCUGACUGUGUUGAUGAUGUCCGAACAGUUCUGAAGCCACGCCUGGUAUCCUGCUUUUGUUUCCGAAUUCAGUCUCGGUCUCAUGAAAUGUGCCAUUGCGUACCCCCCCAACCCCCACCCCCAAUCAUCCUUUCUUGAAUCGUCAUACUGAUUUGUUAUUGAAGCAAAACAAAAAAGUUUUCCUCCUUAAACUGUUCCCCGUGUGUUUUAUACAGAAAUGUUUUUAAUGAUUCGGUGAACUUUGCUAAUUCUACCGAAGGCCGGGGGGAGGGGAAUAUCUACUGGAUAUGCUGUCAGAGCAGUCCACUGAGGAUCACAGUCUCUCAAACUCUCGUGUUGUACUUUUUCUUACUACGGAGAAUUAAAGUACUGUUGACCCUGUUCUUUGUGUGGAUGGUUUUGUGAUGGGUGAAAUACUCAUAGACAAUAGUUUAUUUAAUUAAUUAUUAUUCUUCUGCUGCUGUAGCCCAUCCACUUGAAGUUUAUGUUGUGUGUUCAGAAAUGCCCUUCUGCAUACCACUGUUGUAACGUGUGGUUAUUUGAGUUACUGUUGCCUUCCUGUCAGCUUGAACCAGUCUGGCCAAUCUCCACUCACCUCUUUCAUUAACAAGCCAUUUUCACCCUCAGAACUGCCACUUUCAUGCAUUUAGUUGCUUCUACAUGAUUGGCUGAUUGGAUAUUUGCAUUAAUAAGCUGGUGUUCAGGUCUACCUAAUAAAUUCAAGUGGUCACUGUGUGUAUUUAAAAAAAAUCCCGAACAAACACAGAUUUACAGAUAAAAAUGUCUGUGGCAGGAAGGACAAAGUCUCUUGGGUAAAUAUGUUGUAGAUAAAAGAAGCCAUUUUGGUUGGGGUACAUACUAUGUUGACAAUGAUGAGAUGCAAAUGUAUUUUUUUUGGGUUCACAUAUUUUAAGGCUUGCAUUGUUCUUUAUUUGAUAAAUGGUUUGGCAUGCCAGGUGUGAACGUGAUAUCAUUUUUUUCCGGCUUCAGUUAGUAUGGAAGGGAACCAAGAGAAUCUUUUGAAUGUUUGCUCAUUUUAUUUUAGUAUUUCUUUGGUAACGACAGAUGCAUAUUGAUACUGACACACUGUAUAAAACAAUAAUCCAUAGCAUUUGAAGCAUACACUAAUUUCCAUCGCUUAUGGGAAAGCCACACUUCCAAGGUUUUUAUUUGUAUAGAAGAGGAUUUGUUUGCUUGUGUGAUUUAUUUGCGUUAGAAAGAUAUUUAUUCAUCCAAAUCGGUUACAGAAAUAUCUGCUGUGCCUUCCUACUUCCAGCCCACAAAAUCAGGAACAGUACUUGAUAAUCUUCACAUAGCCCUGCUGAAGGCAGUGUAGAAAAGAAUGGCACUUCCAAUACUAUUUUUGAAAUAAGUCUGAAGUCUUCUGUGUAUUAUCCACUGCUGAAUGCUUACAGCCUCCAGGCCUAUACUUUAAUGCUACUCUGGGCACCAUGGGGCUGAUUUUUAAAGAAUGGAAUUAUUAUUUCAAAGUAAGUGGCUUGUGCGUCAAACCCAUUAUUUUAGUCUGGGGAGUGACAUUAUUCCCUUCGGACUGCCAUGAACAGCGAUAUGUUGAGUCUUACAUAAGAGCAUGGUAAUGUUUGAUGAUGAGGAUAGGCCAGUCUGUUGUCUAGAUAAGAGUGUCCAACACAUUUUUGUUCAUGUCCAUGGUCUAUUCUAGACAUUACGUCCUGUAAAGAACAUUUUCUAGGAUAAUUUCGCCUUUGUGUUGGGGGCACAGGUUGGAAAAAAAAAAUUGGUCUGAAAUUUCAGCCACAAUGGCACCCCUUGAGCGAGUGCAUUUGACCUGAUUUCCUCUAGGACGAGUUCAUCUGCACAAAUGGUUGCGGAACACCAUGGUCAGUUAGCCUUGCUCGUGAGGCUCUGAUGAGCACAGGCACCGCGCCCUUGGGUGAAGCUAGCGUUAGCGUAUCUGGCGCUCGGUACAGGGCCGAGGCAAUAGGAAGCUGAAUCAGAGGUGCGGAACGCAGGCUGGUCUCAGUCCGUCUCACUUCGGGCUUUGUCUUUCCUGCGCACAUGAAGGACAGCGCCUGACGUCAAUCAGCCGUGGCCCAUUGUUUCUACCAGGCCUCGUUACCAUGGCAAGACGUUGUGAGGCCCCACUGAUAAAUUGGACAAAAACUGCACACACCCCCUCCCCCCCCAAACACACACACACACACACACACACGCACACACACACACGCACACGCUGACAGUUUUUUACAUCAGUGGCAUUCUCAGAAGCCUGAUGACACUAACGUCAGUUACCAUGUGACCUGGAAGCAUGGAUUUUUGUAUUUUCUGAAAUGCUGUGUUUUGAAACAUGCCUUUUCAAGGUGAAGCUUCACAUACUUGGGUUACAGGGCUAAAAAUAGACAUGUUUUCCAGAAGCAAAGCUGCAAUCGCAUUCAAGAGAAUCGCGGUGGAGGCGAUUAAACUGUAUUUCUGCCGUUGAGGUGCUGCUGCAUCUUAUUUCCCACUUAAACGUUUUAUUCUUUGUUUGCUAUGCAUUUUAUAAUACAUAUGACUGCUGUGUAUAGUAUAUGAUCUGAAGAACUUGAUGCAACAUGAAGCAAUGUAUGCCAGUUGAAAAGCUCUAUGCUGUACAGUUCCAUUUAUUUAUACAGUGCAGUGCAAGUAUUUGGACAGUGACACACUUUUUCUUGUGUUAGCUCUGUACUCCAGCAAAUUGAAUUUGAAAUAAAAUAAUUAUGUUAUAUGAGGUUAA